GUUGAAAAUCUAAAAAGUGCUUCUGCUCUUCUCAGAUGACUUCACAUUAUUCUACAGUACACGGAUAACGACUUGAAAAAUAUAGUGAUAGGAUUUGCAUACAAAAGAUCAACUUUACCUUGUGAGAAAAUGGAGACAAUGAUGAGGGUUACAGAUUUCAUCAGAGAAAUUUUCGAAAGCACCCAAAAACGAUUCGAAGAGACAUUCAUGGAAAGUCACACUGUGGGAAUGAGUAUGGUUGUUUGUAUAACAGAGCAUCCGGGGUCUUAUACUACUGAGCAUUUUGAAUGCUCUUCCCAAUCAUUGGAGUCCAGUAAUCUGAGAAAAGAAAGACUGUCACGCUUAGAAUAUAUUGAAAAUGGUAUCUCUAGGUUGAUUGAAAAUGCAAAGAAACACAACAGAGUUGUCAAUCAGUCUGAUGAGAUGUGUAUUUUCAAACGGGAAUAUCUAAGCCAGGAUGAAAACAUUGAUAAACAAUGUGAAAACUAUAAUGAAUUUGUGGACAUCGAGGAUCUCAAUGAUGACAUGGUUAAAACAGAAAUGACUUUUGAAAACCCCUUCUUUAAAAACAUCACUGAAAAUGUGAAAGAUAAUGAUGGAACAUUUGAUAAAAUAGUUGAUAAUGACAAAAUUGUUGACAAUGACUUUCCAGUUUAUGAUACUGUUACAGUUGAUCAUGAUGGAACAGUUGAUGAUGAAGCGGGGAUUGAGAGUCUAGAUUAUGACAUGAAAGUUGAUGAUAAUGAUGCAACAUAUGUUGAUGACUUUUUAGUUGAUGAAGCUAUUACAGAUGAUCAUGAUAGGACAAAUAAUGAUGACAGAACAGUUGAUGAUGAAAUAGCAGUUGAGAAAAGAUGUUUUGAUGAUGAUAUGGGAGUUAAUGAUAACAACAGUGUCGAUAAUGAUGGAAUAGUUGGUGAAGAAAACAAUCUUGAGGAAACAGAUAAAAUGAAAAAAUAUCACUGUAAAGAAUGUGGUAAAGUGUAUCAAACUAAAUCAGCUCUUAAUAAGCAUUUUAGACGGCAUACUGGUGAUCUUUUUAAAUGUAAAACUUGUGGUAAGGCUUAUACUACAAGAUCAGAUCUGAAGCAACACACUUUGUCGCAACACAAAACCAAAAAAGGAAAAGGACUAUACCCAUGUAAAGAAUGUUAUAAAAGUUAUUGUACAAAAUCAGCUCUGAAUAAACAUUUCAGACGCCACACUGGAAAUCUCUUUAACUGUGAAACAUGCAAUGAAUCCUAUACCACUAAAGCUGAUCUCCAGCAACAUAUCUUGUCAGCACAUGUAAAUUCAAAAGAAAAUAGAGCUCGAAGAAACCAAGAAGUAGUAUACAUUUGUAAAGAGUGUAACAAAAGAUAUGAUACAAAGUCAGAAUUGUCUGAGCAUCGUAGAAUCCAUACUUGUAAUAUUACCACUCAUGAAACUAUGAAAGGGGAUGAACUUAGUAAUCAAUUGAAGAGCCCUGGAGAUGAUGUGAAUAAAACAGAAACAAAUGAAAAUCCCUUCUUAAAAGAUGACAUCACUAACAAUGCAACAUCAGAUGCAAGAAGAGUAACAGUUGUUGAUGAGGAUACAGGAGAUGAUGAUGAUGAUGAUGAUGAUGAUGAAGAGAGAUCAACUAAUGAUGACAACAGUGGUGAUGAUACAGUUGAUAAUGAUGAAGUAGCUGAUUACAAUUACAAAUUACAGGAAAAGGAUAAAACAGAAAAACACCUCUGUAAAGAGUGUGGUAAAGUAUAUCAAACAAAAUCAGGUCUAAAUAAACAUUUUAAAUACCACACUGGAGAGCUUGUAAUGUGUGAAACUUGUGGAAAAGUGUAUACUGGAAAUUCGGAUCUAAAACAGCAUAUGCGGUCCCAUGGAAUUGGAGACAAAGAUCAAAGAGUGUACAAGUGUACAGAAUGUGAUAGACAGUAUCAAACACAAGGAGCACUUAAUAAACAUUUUAGACGUCAUACAGGGAAUCUGUUCAUGUGUGAAUUCUGUGGAAAGGGAUUUAUUACAAAUGUGGAUCUCAAAGGACAUAUUAUGUCAAGACACAGUGGUGAUAAUGUCAGAGGAGUAUUUCCCUCAUGUGAAUUAUGUGCGAAACAAUUUAAGUCUAAUUGGGAACUGUUGAAACAUGUUAAAGUAAAACAUGCAGGAGAAAAAUCUAUUAUUUGGGGACCUCCUUAUAAUUGUGAGGAGUGUCCACAAACAUUCAGUGAUCUCAGUGAGUUUGAAAAACAUAGGAAAGGCCAUUGUAUGCUAUUUUGUGAUCAAUGCAAUAAGCAAUACUCAUCAAUCUCAGCACUGAAUAAACAUAUGAGAUAUCACACCGGGAAUGUGUUCAGUUGCACGCAAUGUGAUAAAAAAUAUUCAACAAACUGUGACUUAGAAGCCCAUAUUAAAAGCCGGCAUUCGGAAACAGCGAAAUUUAGAGUGAUGCCUCUAAAUCUUACAACAGGACCUCCUUUCCAAUGUCCAGACUGCCCAAAAUCAUUUAGUCAAUUGGCAACGUUCAGGUCACAUUACAAGUGGCAUUCCAUGAAGGGAUUGGUUGCAUGUGAUCAAUGUGACAAGGAGUUUACAUUGAAAAGCAGACUUAAGCUCCACAAAGAAUCUAACCAUGGCCCCACUAUAUACCACUGUUCAAAGUGUUGCAAGCACUUUUCAACAAAGAGGAAAUUAAAGAGACAUAUGAUGCAGGUGCAUAAAAUGAGUAUACCAGUUCCAAAUAUGCCUGACUAAAACACAUGCGUAGAAUCAAGAACCCCAAUCAGAUCAUAGCCUACAAGUACCAUGCUAUAUGUCUCUUUAUCAAGAUUGGAUGUAUGAAUACCAUCAUGUGUGUCUGUUGAACAAAACCAGACUAGCCUUCCAGUACCAUGAUGAGGUAUGUCUGUUUAUGAAGAUUGGAUGAGCCUACCAGUAUUGUGUCUGACCGUCUAACAAAACACAAUCAGGCAAGCCUACCAAAACCAGAACUUAGGAUGUCAAGCCUACCAAAUCUGAGUAUGUUUGUAAAACAAAUUCAGAUGAGCCUACCAAAACUGAGCAUGUUUGUAAAACGAAAACAGAUGAGUCUACCAAAACUGAGUACUAGUACAUGUACAGGGGCGUAGCUAGCUUUCAGUCAGGGGGUGUGUGAUCGCCGAUAGAAUUAUGGUUUUCAGUCAGGGGGGUGUGAUUGUGGCUUAAACAAGCCAAAAAAAAUAAGAUUUAUCUUGAAUUUUACAAAAAAUUUUCCCUCAAAAUUGAGCUGGAAGAGCACCCAUCAUAUGUUUUUUGUCUUAACAAAAUCAGAUGAGCCUACCAAAACUGAGUAUGUAUGUUAAACAAA